UUGUCACGGCGCCGUGCGGGGCUGGGGCUCUUCGCGCCGCCGUUGUUGCCGCCGCCGCCACCGCCUCGGGCGCCCGGCAAGGAGCGAUUCCUCCGGCUCCGCCGCCCGCUCUCCCGGCGCGGGUGAGACGCCAUGGCCACCAGCACCACGGGCUCCACGCUGCUGCAGCCCCUCAGCAACGCCGUGCGCCUGCCCGUCGACCAGGUCAACUUCGUAGUGUGCCAACUGUUUGCCUUGCUUGCGGCUAUUUGGUUUCGAACAUACCUUCAUUCAAGCAAAACUAGCCCAUUUAUAAGACAUGUUGUUGCAACCCUCUUGGGCCUUUAUCUUGCACUUUUUUGUUUUGGAUGGUAUGCCUUACAUUUUGUUAUACAAAGUGGAAUUUCCUACUAUCUCAUGAUCAUUAUAGGAGUGGAAAACAUGCACAAGUAUUGCUUUGUUUUUGCUUUGGGAUACCUCACUGUGUGCCAAAUUACUAGAGUCUAUAUCUUUGAUUAUGGACAGUAUUCUGCUGAUUUUUCUGGUCCAAUGAUGAUAAUUACACAGAAGAUCACUAGUUUGGCAUUUGAGAUUCAUGAUGGUAUGUUUCGAAAAAAUGAAGAUUUGACACCAUCACAGAGGUGUUUGGCUGUAAGACGCAUGCCAAGUCUACUGGAAUAUUUAAGUUACAACUGUAAUUUCAUGGGUAUCCUGGCAGGCCCGUUAUGCUCUUACAAAGACUAUAUUACUUUCAUUGAAGGCAGAUCAUACCAACUGCAACAGUCUGAAGCAAAUGGGAAGGAAGAUACAAAAUAUGAACAAACGGAUCCUUCUCCAAAUAUAGCUGUGGCACAGAAGCUCUUAAUCUGUGGGCUGUCCUUACUCUUUCACAUGACUAUUACAAAAACAUUGCCUGUGGAAUACAACAUUGAUGAGAACUUCAGAGCUACAGCAUCGUGGCCUGUAAGGGUUUUCUACCUAUACUUGUCUCUCAUGGCUGCCAGACCCAAGUAUUAUUUUGCAUGGACUUUAGCAGAUGCAAUUAAUAAUGCAGCAGGAUUUGGUUUUAGAGGCUACGACAAAAAUGGAGUUACGCGUUGGGAUCUAAUAUCAAAUCUGAGAAUCCAGCAGAUAGAGUCUUCCACAAGCUUCAAGAUGUUUCUUGAUAACUGGAAUAUCCAAACAGCUCUUUGGCUUAAAAGAGUGUGCUACGAGCGAGCCACCUUCAGUCCAACGAUCCAGACGUUCAUCCUUUCUGCCAUUUGGCAUGGGGUUUACCCAGGAUAUUACUUAACAUUUUUAACAGGAGUGCUAAUGACGCUGGCAGCACGAGCUAUCAGAAACAAUAUCAGACACUAUUUUGUUGAAUCUCCUGCUGUUAAACUAUGUUAUGAUAUUAUAACAUGGAUGACAACGCAAGUAGCAAUAAGUUACACAGUUGUGCCAUUUGUACUGCUGUCUGUGAAACCCUCUUUCACCUUUUACAGCUCCUGCUAUUUCUGUCUUCAUAUCGCCAGCAUCCUGGUGUUGUUGGUAUUUCCAUUGAAAAGAACUCAAAAAGGAAAUAAAAAGCAUGAAAGCAUCCAGCCAGCGUGGUCCAAAAAACUAGAAGAAGAAAAUCUUUUGCAAAAGAACAGUUAUUCCACAACAAAUAAUAGUUUCAGUCAGAAAGAAGAAAUAACCUGCAGAUAUGAAGCACUAAAGCAGUGAUUGAGGAGUAUUAUGAUCAAUAUAUUUUGUAUGUUUUCAGAAACCCAUUUUUAGCACCUUUUAAAGGGGUUUGUAUUUGUUUGCAAAGAUGUUUAGUAUGACAAGAAUGCAUUACCUAGGAAAAUCACAUACAAUAGCAAGACUGGAAACAAAACAGAUUAACCCCUCCCAUGCCAUGUCCCGGUGGGUCACGCCUUAUAUGAAGAUAUUACCAUUCUUUCAAUGGGCACUCAGGACUUGCAACGUAUGUCCAUAGGGUCAUAUGUGUGCCCUCUGCUGAAUGUACGUUGUGUAUCCCAAGGCACUGAUGGGGUGAAAUGAAAUCGUGUCAAUCUAGGAUUAACGAAUGGAAAUUGAUUUUUCCAAAUGAAUGACUUGCCUUAAACCCUCUAUUUACUGAAACAUUGUUUCUAAGCGGUAUUUUCAAGUCUGAUUUUGUGGAAAGUAUUUCAAAUAUUUAAUACUAUAUGCUAUAAAGAAGAUAAAAUAUGAAAUGCAGAGUCAUUGGAAGGUUUUUGAACCUCUUCUCUAAAAGGGAAUUGCAAUAAGCAUCUCAGUAUUUGGAGGGUUUUCUUAAAGUAUCUCAAACAAUUACAGUACAUUAUGGAACUGUAAACAUUACUGAUGCCAAAUCAUAGUUAGGUUUCUGUGACAGAAUCUAAUGAAGCAUAGCCCUUCUGAACAGAUUAAAAAAAAGAGUCAUCUCAAGCUUCUCCUUUUCCAGGGCUUCACAGCUCUAGGUUAGGUUUCCUUUAAUUUCGAGUACAUAAAAGCAACAAAAAACACCGCUGAGUGGGCUUUGCAGUUGGGGAAGGAAAGGCAGCCAAAGGAUGCUGAGGACAAUGUGCAAGCACCAGAACUUCAAUGGAAAUUUGUUUUUACCCUUAAAGUACCAGAAAUAUUUGUCCUAGAAUAUAAUUGUUUUAUCAAAAAAGAGGUUUUGGUACUUAAAAAAAAGUAAUUUUGAGUUUUAAGGCAUACAGUAGUUGAUGAUGCUAGCAGUAAUUAACUUGAGAUCUAGUUCACGAUCAAAUAUGAAAUCACCACAAUGAACAAGAUCUGUAUGCUUGAUCAUUGAUUUCCCUUUAUGCAAAGAAGUGUAUGAACCGGGGGAAAAGAUUUUUCUUUAAAUUAGAAUGUUAGAUGCAGGUUUCACAUGGCACUUGUAGGUAAAAUAAUGAAAGAAAGAAAUGUGUGAGGAUGUGUAACUGACUGAAUCAUGGCAGAAAGUUAAGGGAACGAUGCAUUGGUUCUGUCUGCGCCAGACCGUGUGUUGAGAUGAUGGUCACUGCUAGAGUACUGUUUUAAAGGGCUACAUUGUAAUUGUUUGUAUUCUGUGUUAUCUUUUUUCUUUUUUAGUAAGCACAACUGCUUACCCACACCUAUGGGCUUUAAAGAUAAAACAAAGUACUGCUGGGGAAAAAUCACACGGCCCGUUGGGUAACCUAUGAACGAGUGAAAACAAAUAUGUCAUACUGUUGUGAUCCUGAUACUUUUGAUCAAACAUCUGGCACCAGUGAGGUCAGUAUUCCCACUCCAGGGUCAAUGUUGCAUUCCAGGGAAACUGUGGUGGUCGUUCUCAGCUCUGGGGCAAUUGCUGUGCAGAAAUAUCACAGUAUUUGUCCCGUUUACUCUCCAAAAACCAAAUCCUCAGUCAAGUCUCUGUGACCUCACUGUCGUAAUUCUGUGUCUGGGCCUUUGGCUCCUUGCUUGAAACUUCAGGAGGAAAACAUACUUUUUGUUGUUAGCACUUAGCAUACUUCUUGUAGGUUAGCACUAAAUAACUAACUAUUUAAGUAACUAAUUAACUAAUUAACACUUGGAAAGGUGGAACCAAAUGUGAAAUGAGUCUUAGAUAGGCAGGGAUGUUCGUUGUUUCAGUGACAGCUGUAUUAUCUUAAAAAAAAAAUAAA